UGUGCAUGAACGCGUUCAAUGAACGACGUUCACUGAACGCGUUCAUAUUUUCGCCGAACGCUGAACUGAACGAGUCACUUUUCAUUCAAUGAACGUGAACGAGAGCGGCGCUCACUCUGGCAGGAAUGAGCAGCAUGCGCAGUUCACGUUCACGCUCAUUUGAAAACUCAGGUUUUACGACACGACUGUUUACAGCAAACACCUUGAUGGUGCAGCAUCAUGACUAGUGCUAGUACUAGUUCACGUGAUUCAAACUUAGCUACAGCUGAAGCCAGUUUUGAAGAGCACUUAGCAGAGUUUUAUGUACAAACAAAGGAAGACUCAGACGGAAAAAACCUCACGUUUUUGUGCAAACUGUGCCCACCGGGACUAAACAAACAAGUACGUACGUCAGCCACAUCGAGUUCAAAUUUGAAACGUAAAGAUUUGAAUGUAAAUGGCAUUUUCUUUGUUUACUCACUGUUUACUUCCUUUUGAAGGUGUGAAAAUGUGUUGGUUGAGUAUUGCACAUUAAGCAGGGUAAGCCCAAGCUAAGUUUACAUUACAGUACAUGACUACUUUGGUCUGGUUUACAUAGUUACUGCCGUUCAGAAUAUGCUGGAUUUUUGUCAGUAGACUGAUCUUUUCCCCAUGAACCUGAAUAUACCUUAUUUUUAAGUCCUGUAAUUUGGUUCAUGCUGGCUAAAUAAAAGUUUCACUGAACAUACAGUAUACCUUGACUGCACCUUGUUUUUUCCAAUUUCUACAUAUCAUGAUUACACAUUAUUUAAGGGGUAAAUAUUAUUUUUCUCCUGGCUAUAAUAAUUGUCUCUUGUUUAUUGGUACAAUAAUUUUGAUUAGUUUUGGAGUUGCAGUGAUUUGCAGCUGGUAAUGGAUGGUAAAGAGGUUCUAUUGAGUAAGAUAGUGGCCUAUCUUAAAAAGAAUUUAACAAAUGAACGUGAACUAGUUCAUUUUUAGAUAUGUGAACUUAGUUCAUUUAAAAAAAAAAAGAACUAUGAACAUGAACUAGUUCAUUAUCAUCUGUGUGAACUGAACUUUGAGCUAGUUCUCUUUAGGUAUGAACUGGCACAACACUGAACACAGCCCUUGAGUGUCCAUCUUGUACAAGUGCACUUGUGACACUUCUGAAAAUCACGCAUGAGUCCAUCACUUGUAAGGACUUGAAGUUUACUAACUUCUUCAUCCAGCAGCCACUAUCCAGCAAAAACAUUCUUCCUCUCACCCUUUGCUCCUCCCCCACACAUUAGCAUAUUAUUGCAAAUAUUGCACACUUUUUGUGUAAGUUGCAAAGAUUUUACAUAUACCCUAUAGAAAUUACAUACUUUGUAUACUAUUUGAAUUGCAAAUUUCGCAUUAUACAUGGAUACGGUAUUCACUGAGUCAAUUCAAUAUACAGUAUGUCUGAACAUUCAAUAUGAUAACAUCACUGUACCGUGUUACUGUGACAAUAUUUUAUCUACUGACAAACAGAUGACAUUUUUGUUUAAUUAAAAAAAAAAAAGUACUUCUUUAGCCAACAUCUUUAUAUCUAAAGCCAACUUUAACAGGAAAAAACAUCUCAUAAUACAUGCUUUAUUGAUUCACCAUCAUCAUAUUGCAAAUAAGUCUUUUUAUUAUUGCUUUUUUUCUCUCUUUCACAGUUAUUUUGUGUGAUUCAAGGUUUUCUAGUAUUAUACUUGAGAUAUUUUCAGUAUUUUUAUUUUCAUAUUUACAAUGCAUUUUGUUAAAAUUUAACCUGAAGAAAUCAUGAUGUUCUUUGACCUGUUUGUACACACCCAAAGGUGAUCAGAAACACCAACCUCUUACAACACUCAACAGGAAGAGACUGACUUGUUUUUUUUUUUCUGUGAUGGAUUUGAUUCUCUCUUGAGAGCGAGAAAAAAAGCAAAAUAAAAAUCUUUUUUUUUCAAGGAAGAACCAAGAGAAACACUUUGAGAAGUUUGCUUCUGAACAGACAGAAAAUCUUUGUAAUUCUUUUGGUCAAUUUUUGAAACCAUUCACAAAGUGAAAGUAAAGUUUAGAUUGAAAAUGGCUUCACUGUCUGAGGAUGAUUUUUCUUGUCCCGUGUGCUGUGAAAUCUUCAAGGAUCCUGUUAUUUUAUCCUGUAGUCACAGUGUCUGUAAAGAGUGUCUUCAACAGUUCUGGAGAACCAAGAAAACUCAGGAGUGUCCUGUCUGCAGGAGAAGAUCAUCAAAAGAAUGUCCUCCUCCUAAUCUGGCUUUAAAAAACUUGUGUGAGUCGUUCCUGAAGGAGAGAAAUGAGAGACAUUCAUCAGGAUCUGAGGAGAUCUGCAGUUUACACAGUGAGAAACUCAAACUCUUCUGUCUGGAAGACAAACAGCCUGUGUGUGCAGUGUGCAGAGAUUCACACGUCAAUCACACAGUCAGACCCAUCAGUGAAGUUUUUCCAUCAUAUAAGGAGGAGCUCAAUACAGCACUAAAGUCCUUACAAGAGAAACUUAAACACAAUGAAAGCCUUAAAGAAGAGUUUGAGGAAACAGUUCAACACAUCAAGUCUCAAGCUGAGCACACAGAGCGUCAGAUUAAACAGCAGUUUGAGAAGCUUCAUCAGUUUCUCAGAGAUGAAGAAGAAGCUACAGUCACUGCACUGAGGGAGGAAGAGGAGCAGAAGAAGCAGAUGAUGAAGGAGAAGCUGGAGGAGAUGAACAGACACAUCUCAGCUCUUUCACACACAAUCAAAGACAUGGAGGAGAUGAUGAAAGCCAAUGACGUCUGCUUUCUGAAGGAGUUUCCAGUCUCAGUGGAAAGAGUCCAGAGCUCACAGCCGGAUCCACAGAUGGCUUCUGGAGCUUUGAUUCAUGUGCCGCGUUACUUGGGCAACCUGCCGUUCAGAGUCUUGAAGAAGAUGCAGGACAUCGUCCAAAACACUCCUGUGAUUCUGGAUCCAAACACAGCAAAUAAAUGUCUCGUCCUGUCUGAUGAUCUGACCAGUGUGAGAAACAGCUGGAAUUAUCAACCUGUUCCUGAUAAUCCAGAGAGAUUCGACUGGUAUCCCUGUGUUCUGGGUUCAGAGGGGCUUAACUCAGGAACACACUGCUGGGAUGUGGAGGUUAAAGACAGUUCAGCCUGGUGUCUUGGAGUAACUACAGCAUCAAACCAGAGGAAGGGAGAUGAUUUCUUUAACACUGAAGUCUGGUGUGUGUGGUUUGAUGAGGACAGAGCGCCUGAAUCGUCUAUGAAUGAAUUUCCUGUUGAACAGGAUCUUGAUCGUGUGAGAGUGAAUCUGGACUAUGAUGGAGGAACGGUGUCAUUCUCUGAUCCUGUAACUAACACACAUCUACACACAUUCACACACACCUUCACUCACACACUCUUUCCAUUCUUCUAUGGUUCUUCCUCUAUAAGGAUCUUACCACUCAAUUGUAAGUAAACAUUACUCCUGUAGUUCUGAAUCUUCCUGCUUUCAUCUUUUACCGUCAUCAUGCUUCCAAUAUUGAAUUCAUCAUAUCACAUGAGCAGGGACGGAUUAUGACUUGCAAAGGCCCUGUGGCCAAUUAUCUCCACCACACACAUCCCAUUUUCCAUUCUUCCCCUUAACUGCGCAUUCCCAGUAAUAGAAAGUGGAAGUUAUGAUAAUGCUAGCCUCAUGUAGCAUAUGCACACGUAUCAGGAUAAUCAAUAAACUUGGGAAUGUUCAGAACGCUUUUAGCAUGCUGGACUGGGUUGUAAAACCAUCUCGGCUCCGAAUAGUCUGCCAUAAGAUGAGCCCACUUGACACUUUUGUGGACCUGCGAUGGUAAACAGUAAAGUCCAACUUCCUCUCUUUGGUGACUUCAAAAGGAGCA